AUGGCAAGAAAGAGCAAGGGUAGGCAAAAGAUUGAAAUGACAAGAAUGUCAAAAGAAAGCAACUUACUUGUUACUUUCUCAAAGCGCCGCUCUGGCCUUUUCAAGAAGGCUUAUGAACUCCACACACUUUGUGGUGCUGAAAUUGCAAUAAUCGUUUUCUCCCCAGGGAAAAAGGUUUUCUCCUAUGGCCAUCCUUGCCUUUACUCCAUCAUCGAUCGUUUCGUAACCGGAAAAGCUGGCCCGAGUUCGAGCAGUUCGCAAAUUGUUGAGGCACACAGGGCAGCGAGCAUUCGCGAACUCAACAUGCAAUUGACUGAAAUGCUUAAUCAGUUAGACGCUGAGAGAAAGCGUGGUGAGGAGCUGAUCAAACUGAGGACAGCGAGUCAAGGAAGAUGCUGGUGGGAGGCUCCGGUUAAUGAUCUUGGACUUCAAGAACUGGAGCAACUAAAGGCGGCCAUGGAGGAGCUGAAGAAGAAUGUGGCCAAUCAGGCAGAGAAGUUGAUGGUGGAGGCUUCCAACGCGACUGCGUUUCUUGGGUCAUCGAGUUCCAAGGGAGGAGGCCAUGUUGGUCCAAGUAACAUUGACGCUAAGGUUCCUCCUCCUGGUCUGGGACUUUCUAUGACUCCUCAUGGGUUUGCACUUGGAUAUGGUCGUGGAUUUUUCUAA